AGAAGGCCAGUUGCCAGCUGAUGGCUGUGCCAGCGCGCCCUACGCUGACUCUCCUCCAGGAUCACCUUCCCCCCAGAUCACAAAGGACCAUGUCAACCAGGGACUGGACUUGCACGUUGGACGGAGAUUUAAGACUGCUAGGAACCACUGAAGCAAUGAUGUUCUUUCGUGAAAAUCUUCGUUGACACGAUCUGCAACGGAGGAUCUCCAAGGUGCGUGUUAUGGGCCAGAGUCAAUAUCCAACGUUCUCGAGAAGCAAGGGAAAAGGGGGUUAUGAUGGAAGAUGGUGGGGGCAGGUGGGGCAGGGUGUUUCUUCAUCAGUCACAGAACACGACGUCGCAUUUAACAGCGAUCUCUGCAGUAUAUGUUAAAUGUUCUUGUCGAGACAUUCAGCGCAAAAGAACAUUGGCAGAACAGAACCAAAUAAAUAUUCAAUCUUAAACCAACACCAAUGUCCACAUGCUCCACAAAUGGACGCAAGAAACGAGCAAGGAAAGAGGCGGGCACCCAGAAAUCCGUAAAGCCACCUGAACAUGGUGAUCCGGACACUGCUGACACCUCGACAGCGAAGCGGUUGAAGACUGGUCUCGAUCACCGCCUUGACGCCCCGCGCUAUUCUUCCUUCCAAGAGACCGAACAGCUAGAGAAUUCCGACCAGUUUACUCAAAUCCCCCCUCCCGGACGACCAGCGAAGCCAUUGAGCGCUCAACAACGCGAUCUCCUACUCUCGCUGUUUGUAAUUGGAGACGCCAAAGAGUUCUUCACUCUACUCUUUGACACGAACGAGAUUGAUGUGUACGCAGUGAACCUAGUUCUUGACAAUGAAGGAAAUACACCUCUUCAUUGGGCAGCACAGCUAGCCAACAUGGAAGUCGUCGAAAUGCUACUCGAAUUCGGUGCCGAUCCCAUGAUUAGAAACAAGCGAGGAGAAACAGCAUUGAUGCGGGCCAUCCAGUCUGGGGCCAACUAUAGUCAUUUCACUUUUGAAAUGCUUUUGGAAGCUUUAAGAGAUAGUUUACCAUGUGUGGACAGAAAGGGUAGGACGGUGUUGCAUCAUGUGGCACUUUUGGCACAACGUCGUGGGCGAAUGGCUAUGACUUGUUACUAUGCUGACUGUUUGGCGAUGGCGAUUGCCGAUGAGUGGGUGCAUGUCGACGAGGAUAUCCUUAACGUUCGGGACUGUUGUGGUGCUACCGCACUGAUGUUAGCACGCAGAACUGGACAUGAAUAUUUGAUACAAAGACUGUUGCAAAUCCGAUGCUCAGCAAUUUUUCCAAACUUGCGGAUAAGUACCUCUCCCAACGGAAGAACUCGCUAUACUGAUGACCUGGACGGAGAGGAUCUUCGGGAAAAGGCCAUUGACGUUGAGGAGACAACAACUGAUUCCGAGGGCGGAGAUUCCCCUUUGGGGCGAAUGCCUAGAGGUCGCCCUUCACGCCUGUCACCAGCCGCUCAAUCAACCACGCCGACACAUAACAGAGAAACCCAACGUGAUCUUCAAAGCGCCCCUGAACAAACCCUUCGCACCACCUCACCACCAAUCCCCAACAUGACUUCCGAUACCCAACCAAAUUUCCUUACUCGUAUCUGUGACCACCACCAACAACCCUGUGACAUAGAUCAGGCUCUGCGCACAACGCGUCAACAAUUACUGGAAGCGAAAGCCGAAACUGCCCGCCUUCUUGGGCAGCACGCCCUUUACGAUGCCCUUAAAUACCGUAUAGCAGAGCUGGAGCACAGAUUGGCCGUUAUACAGAAGACAGACGAUAAGACAGAUGCUGCAGAUGUGGUGGCGAGGAUCAAAAUGUGCGAAUUGACGACAGAGACGUUGAUGCACGAGUGUGAAGAGUUAAAAAAGGUGAAAAGGGAGGAAAAAAGUAUGUUGAGACGCCUUAUCGCCCAAUGUGCGGGGAUCACAGCGGACAAUGUGGAUGAUUUUGUGGAAGAGCUGGGAGAAUGGGUUAAGCUGGGGACAUAAGGCCGCUGUACACAUAUAUGCCUUCAUUUUUUGAUUAGUUUGAUAGUUAUUUGAAUCUACGUAGCCUGCUGGAUUGUUAAUUCUGCAAGUAUUUGAUUUGAAGUCUGGAGGUGGUUGAUAAGCCACAUCAAAGCCACAUAUUUAUGCAUUCG